AUGGCGGCGCAGGAGAGAUCCCCACACGAGCCUCUCCUCCUCCCUCCUGAGAAAGAUGACGACAUGGAGGCGCAGCUCUUGAUCCCUCGUCGCGACUCAGCUGGCACGACGUGCUUCUCCAGAAGCUGUCUCAACCUCAGCAAUGUGAUUUCAGGCAUCGGGAUGUUGUCCGUACCUUACGCGCUGUCGCAGGGCGGGUGGCUGAGCCUGGCGCUCUUCGCCGCCGUCGGCGCCGUCUGCUACUACACGGGCGGGCUCAUCGACCGCUGCAUGCGCGCCGACGACUCCGUCAGGGGAUACCCCGACAUCGGCCACCUGGCAUUCGGGCCCCGCGGCCGGAGGGCCAUCGGCGGCGUCAUGUGCGUGGAGCUCUACCUCGUCGCCAUCAGCUUCCUCAUCCUCGAGGGCGACAACCUCGACAAGCUCUUCCCAGGGGCGCGCCUCGGCCUGGCCGCCGGGUAUCACGUGGAGGGGAAGGAGCUCUUCGUGCUCGUGGCGGCCGCCGUCAUACUGCCCACGACGUGGCUCAAGGACCUCAGCGUGCUCGCAUACGUGUCGGCGGUCGGGCUCGUCUCCUCGGCGGCAUUGACGGCGUCCCUGGCUUGGGCCGCCAUAGCAGAAGCCCAGAAAGGAUCAAACCUCAAGGGCGGUGGCGGCAGCGCCUUGUUGAACCUGAGUGGGCUGCCGACCUCCCUCAGCCUCUUCUUCGUCUGCUUCUCUGGGCACGGUGUCUUCCCGACGGUGUACUCAUCGAUGAAGAAAAAGAAGGAUUUCCCCAAGGUCUUGCUGAUCUCUUCUGUGCUGUGCAGCCUCAACUAUGCACUGACAGCAGUCCUAGGAUAUCUGCUAUACGGCGCCGACGUGCAGCCACAGGUGACGCUGAACCUACCCACUGGGAAGACGUACACCAAGGUCGCCAUCCUGACAACCCUGAUCAACCCGCUGGCUAAGUACGCGCUCGUGAUCCAGCCGAUCGUGGAGGCGAUAGAGGCGAAGCUGCCCCUGGCCAAGAGGGGCAUGACGUCCAGGGUGCUCAUCAACACCGCCAUUGUCGUCAGCACCGUGGUUGCGGCCUCCACGCUGCCCUUCUUCGGCGUCAUCAUGUCCUUCAUAGGAUCCUCCCUCAACGUCUCUGUUGCCGUCCUGUUCCCAUGCCUGAGCUACCUUAAGAUCUACUCGCCCGGAGGAGGAGUUCGCCGUUUCGAGUUCGCGGUGAUCAUCGGCGUACUGGUGCUCGGAGCCUGCGUUGCCGUUGUAGGCACUUACAACUCCCUGCACCAGAUUAUAGCUAGUUUCUGA